AUGUAUUUUAAAUAUUGUAAAUCAUCAGAAUUUCUCCUUGGAAUUCAAAAUUAUUCAUUAAAUAAAAAUGAACAAACAAAUAAAAAAAGACGAUCAUACAACAAAAUUAAUGAAAAAUAUUAUCUUGAAAAUGAAUAUAAUUUAAUAGCAUGUAAAUUUGAAAAAAUAAAAAAUUUAAAUCAUCCAAAUAUAUGUAGAUAUUUAAAUUUAAAAAGAAAAAAUAAUAAUUAUACUAUUUUUUCUGAAUAUUAUUCUAUAUCAUUAUAUGAUAUAUUAAAUGAAGAAAAAAUAAAUUAUACAAAAUUUAACUGCUUAAAAAAAUUAUCAAAAAGUAAUAAUUUUAAAUAUUCAAAUACUAUUAAUAAUAAAAUUAUAGAUUCUAAGAUUUUAAAUAAAAUUAUUUAUGAAAUAUUAAGUGCUGUUCAAUAUUUGCAUGAUCAAAAAAUUAAAUUUUUAAAUUUAAAUACAAAUAAUAUUUUAAUAACACCAAAAGGAAAAGUUAAAUUGCAUAGUUAUUGUAUAUCUUAUUUAUUCAACAAUCAUAUCUAUCCUAAUGAAAAAAAUGAUUUUUUUAAAAAUAAAUUAAUUAAUGAAAUUAUAUCUUCUAAAAAAUAUCAGAAUAAAUUAAUCGAUUAUAAUAUAAAAGAUUACCAUUUAGAAGAAUUUGUAAAGAAGAAUGCAGAGUAUAAUAGAACUAAAAACCAAAACAAUAAAGACAACUUUUUAUCUAUUGAAAAUUAUUUUAAUUAUUUUGAUUUUACGGAUGACAUAUUAUACUAUCUUCCACUUUUUAUAUUUUUAAACAUACUUAAAAAUGAAAAGAUUAGUUUGAAGUAUGACUUAUAUAAACAUAUUGAUAUAUUCAGUGUAGGUAUAAUUAUACUUCAAAUUGUUAAUGGUCUACUUAAUUUUACUUUUAUAAUAGAAAAUUUUUCUUAUUUUAUUAAUAUGAAAAAAAUAAAUAAUUUAAAGGGAAAAAGCAAUGAUAACACCAUGGGAAAUAAUAAAAAAAAAAAUUCAAAAAAAAAAUUAAUAAAAUCUCUUCCAUAUUUUGAUUAUAGUAACAAAAAUAUAAAAGAAAGAAAAAGAAAUAAUUGUAAAAAUGAUAAUAAUUAUGAGUAUAAUUAUAAUGAUAAUUAUUAUGAUAAAAAUUUCAAUGAAAAAAAAAUGAAGAAAAUUUAUAAUAUGAUUCAUAUUUUAAAAAAAUUGGUAACAGAAAAAAAAAAAAAUAUUAUAAAUAAUGUUCCUAAAAAAAAUGAAUUAACAAAUAAAGAAAAAGGUGAAGGAAAAAAAAAUCAAAUGUUUUUUUUUAAAAGUUAUUUUGAAAAAAAAGACAUAUUAAGUAAAGUUCAGAAUAUUUUUAUACUUUUACUAUAUAUAAAAAUUUAUUUUAUAUAUAUUUAUAAUCAAAAAAAAGAAAAUAAUAAAAAUGAAAUAAGUUUAAUAAAUAUUAAUAUUUAUAACACAUUUGAAAAAUUAUGUAAAGAAAAAUUCAAAAAUAAAAAAAAUCACUAUAUAAGUAUAAGUUAUAAAAUAAUAAAAAGAACAAUUGAGAAUUUAAUAAAUUAUAAAAUUAAUGUACAUUUUAUAAAAAUAAUUGAAAGUAUGUAUUCUGAAUUUUUUACUAUUAGUUUAUUAAAAAUUAGUUUAAGAAAUGUUUUUUUAUAUGAAAAGAAUAAUGAAAAAAUUUUUUUCAUAAAUUUUUUACAUAAGUGUUUAUUAUUAAAUUUUUCUAAAAUUAACAUAAGUUCGUUAUUAUCUCAUUAUUAUUUUUUCUAUAAUGACAAUGUUGUUAAAAAUAAUAGAUUUUCUUCAAAUAGUAAUAAAAAUAGCUAUUUAAUAAUCAAUGGCUUAAAUCUAUCAAAUAAUAAUCAUAUAAAUCUCAUGAAAGAAGAAAAAAAUAAUGAAAAUAUAAACUCAAAUAAAAAAAAAUAUUGUAAAUAUGAUUAUUAUAAUCCUUACAUUACCGAUUAUAUUUUAAGCGUUAAAAACUACAAUGAAUUAAAAAGUAAAUAUUAUAUAAAUAAGAAAAAUAUUUAUUAUUGGUUUAAUUUAUUAUAUAAUAUUAAUUAUAAUGAAGAAUUAAUGAAUUGCAAUUUUUUUCUCAAAUCACAAAAUAUAUUAAAAAUUCCAUUUUUAAUUUAUAAAAAGAAACAAAAAUUUUACCAUUUGUCUCUUUUUUCAUUUUAUAAGCUAAAUUUAAUAAAUAAAUACUAUGAUUUAUAUAGUGUUUAUGAAUACUUAUCAAAAGAAAAAAAGAUUGUAAAAAGAAUCAAAUUUGAAAAAGAAGAUAUUAAUGUGUGCAAACAAAUAAGGGAUAAUAAAAAGUUAUAUGAAAGGUAUAUAAAUAUAAAUUCCUAUAAAUUAUUAAAAAAAAGACAUAACAUAAAAAAAAUAAUUAAUCAAAUGAUAACAAAAUCUAAUAGUAAAUUAAAAAGAAAUGAAAAUAAAACAAAGGAGAAAAUAAAUAAGGUAAAAGAAUCAUAUGAACAAGUAAAAAAUGAUACAGAAGUCAGCACUUUAUCUGAUGAAAUUCGAUUUUCUAAUAAUUAUAAAAAUGAAAAAAUAGAACAUUUUAAUUUUUUUAAUAUAUCUUUUAUCUCAAAAAACUCCUGUUUGCUAUUCAAAGAUUAUAAUAUAAAAACGUUUGGUAUACAUCUUAAUGAAUUCUAUGAUAUAAUAAAAGAUGCAUAUUUAUUUAUAUCUAACAAUAAAAACUUAUCAUGCAAAUGUGUAUAUAAAAAAAAUUCUUUUUUUAUUUAUGAAUAUAAUCUAUAUUUAAAAUUUCAAGAAUUCUUAAAAUGUCAUCCUCUAAAUAACAUAGAAUUAUAUCAACAACUUAAAAAUGAGUUCCCAAUUUGUUUAAGAGAUAUUAUGUACUUAAUAUUUCUGAAUUACAAUUACUCAAUUUUAAUAAAGAAAUCAAUAGAAAAAAAAGAAAAGAUAAAAACUUUGAUUAAUAUAAUAAAUAAAGAGAAUUUUGUGAAUAUUAAUUCAUUUAAUAAAAAUGUUUAUUCAAAUUAUAAUGAUUCAGAGAAUAAAAUUUUAAAUAUAAAAAAUUCCAUUAAAAAAAAAGAUUACCUAAAAAAUAUAAAUAAUAUAAAUGAGAGUAAAAAUUCCAUAAAUGAUAUGAAUAAUAACAAAGAAUAUUUAAAUAAAAUUGGUAUAAAUAAGAAUACAAGUAGCAAAUGUUUCAAAAUUUUAAGAAAAAAAUUAAAGUGCAAUAAUGAUUUAGUUGGAAGCAUAAAAUUUCAAAAAAAAAUAUAUGAUUUAUUAUUGUUGAUAAAAUUUAAAUUAGAUAUUAAAAAUAAAUAUUUAAAAUAUUUAUUAACACCUAUAACGUUAUUAUAUUAUAAUAAUAUAUAUUUAGCUUAUAAAUGUAUUAAACAAAUUAUAAAAAUAUAUUUAUUAGAAUUAUAUAAAAAUAAAUAUUAUUUUAAUGAAUAUUUUUACAUUUUCAAUUGUCUUUUGAAUUAUUAUAUUCCUGAAUUAUCAAUUUUUUUUUUUAAAAAUAAUAUAAAUAUAACAAAUUUAAUACGUAGUUGGGUUUGUUCAUUAUUUUGUAACUUUUUUGAUCUAGAGAAUAUAUAUCUGCUUUUAGAUAAAAUUCUUAUCUUACCAUCCUCAUAUAUAUUUUUUGUUUGUAUAAGUAUUUUAUUAUAUCUAAAAAAAUUUAUUAUGAAUACAUGUUGUAAUGAUUUUUACAAAAAAAUAUUUUCUUUAUCUAAUAUAGUUGACUUAAAUUUUGUUUUGAAUAAUUCAAUAGAAAUAUUUAACAAAACUCAUACUAUGUAUAUUACUUUUCCUUCUUAUUCUGAAUCUAAUGAGGAAUUUUUAAAUAACAAGGAUAUUAAAAAAUAUAAUAGUAUUAAUUAUUUAUCUUACAUAAUUAAACAUAAAUUUUGGUUUAAUUAUUAUGUACACAAAGAUACAUUUAAAAUUUAUAAAAAAAUUAAGAAAAAAAAAAAAAGUGAAAAUAUAAAAGAUUUUUAUAAUGGAGAAAAUUUAAUCAGUGAAAAUGUAAGAGAUUUUGAUAAUGGAGAAAAUUUAAUCCGUGAAAAUGUAAGAGAUUUUGAUAAUGGAAAAAAUUUAAUCAGUGAUAAUGAAUUUUUAAUUCAUGAAGAUUCGCAUUUAAUAAAUAAUGAGUUUAAUAUUAUAACUAAUAACGUUGGAGCAAAUAUAAAGUUAAAAAGAAAAAGUUUCAGCACAAUGAAUGCCGAUUUUAUAAAUAAGAAAACAAAAAUAAAAUUUUUAAAAUUAAAAGGUGAAUAUAUUGAAAAAAAAGACACUAAAAACUAUAACAAAAUUCUGCGUAAUGAUAAAUGGUCAUUAAAGCAUAACAAUAUAAAAUCUUUAAAAUUAAAAUAUUAUGAAUAUUUUUUAAAAUGUUAUAAAGAAAACAAAAAAAAUAAUUUAAAUGAAUUUAUUUGUCAUAACAAAAAUGAAUUAAAAAAUUCUAUACAAAAAAAAAAUAAAAAUAAUAAUAAAAAUAAAAAUAAAAAUACACUUGAUAUAUACUAUGACUUUAAAAAUAAAAAAUCAUUUAAAAAUAUUGAUGCUAUUAAAUUAAAUUGUUUUCCGAUUUUACCUUUUUUUUAUGCAAAAAAUUUAUUAAAUGAUUUACUGUUUGAUAAUUUUAUCUUUGUCGAUAUGCGCCUACCAGAGUGCUAUAAUAAGAAACAUUUAAAAUAUUCUAUACAUAUUAAUACUUUUUUAACAAAUUUUAAAAAAGGAUUUUAUAAUAAUUAUAUUGAUGAUUAUAAUGUAAAUAUUAAUUUAAAGACAAUUGUUCUAAUAUUUCAUGAUUCUGUAUUUGAUUUUGAUUCCAUCUAUAAUUUUCUAAAUUUAAAAAUAAAAUUUAUUACCAUUUUACACGGGGGCUUCGAGCAUGCUUUAAAUAAAUUGCCAUCAAAUUAUUUUACAUAA